CUGCCAGCCGCCUGCCUACCCCCCUUCCAUUUAAAUACUCCAUCAAAGGGCCUUCUCUCUAUACUCAAAAGCCAUCAUCUCUUUACCUUCUUAUUCUCUCUUAGGGUUUUGGUCUUUACGCAAGAACACCAAAGAUCCACCAACCCACAUUCAUGGCCUUCUCUUCUCUUCUCAGAUCUACCAACCCAUCUCCUGUUCUUCAAGCUUCCAAUCAACCACUCUCCGCCCCUUCUUUAGCUUCUCGAUCGCAGGUGAAGUUUCCAUCCACCUUUUUGGGUGCUGCCGUUUCUGGGGAGUCUUCGUUUGUACAGAAAUCUCAUGCAUGCCGUAUUAAUCCGAUUAAAGCCACUGCCACCCAGGCACCCCCUGCUGUUCCAAAGUCCAGUACCAGUGGGAAGACCAGGGUUGGAAUCAAUGGUUUUGGAAGAAUUGGAAGGUUGGUAUUGAGAAUAGCAACAUUUAGAGACGAUAUCGAGGUUGUUGCAGUAAAUGACCCUUUUAUUGAUUCCAAGUACAUGGCUUACAUGUUGAAGUAUGAUUCUACUCAUGGUCUAUUUAGAGGAACCAUCAAGGUAGUUGAUGAGUCCACUUUGGAAAUCAAUGGAAAGCAGAUAAAAGUGACCAGCCAAAGGGACCCGGCAACUAUUCCUUGGGGUGAUUUUGGAGCCGACUAUGUUGUAGAAUCUUCUGGGGUUUUUACAACACUUGAUAAGGCUUCUGCACACAAGAAGGGUGGCGCCAAGAAGGUGGUGAUCUCAGCUCCAUCAGCUGAUGCACCUAUGUUUGUUGUAGGAGUAAAUGAGACCACAUACAAGCCAAGCAUGGAUAUUGUAUCCAAUGCAAGCUGCACCACUAACUGCUUGGCUCCUUUGGCCAAGGUGGUUCAUGAGGAGUUCGGUAUUGUUGAAGGUUUGAUGACAACUGUGCAUGCAACCACAGCUACACAAAAAACUGUUGACGGACCUUCGAUGAAGGAUUGGCGUGGAGGUCGUGGUGCUGCACAGAACAUCAUCCCUAGCUCCACUGGUGCUGCCAAGGCUGUAGGGAAGGUGUUACCAGAACUAAAUGGGAAACUUACGGGUAUGGCCUUUAGAGUGCCAACAGCGAACGUUUCUGUUGUGGAUUUAACUUGUCGACUUGAGAAGAAUGCUUCUUAUGAAGACGUUAAAGCUGCAAUGAAGUAUGCUUCUGAGGGUCCCCUUCAAGGAAUUCUUGGGUACACUGACGAGGAUGUCGUUUCCAACGAUUUUGUUGGUGAUUCGAGAUCAAGUAUUUUUGAUGCAAAAGCCGGGAUAGGGCUAAGUGCAUCAUUUGUGAAGCUGGUAUCGUGGUACGACAACGAGUGGGGUUACAGCAACCGGGUGUUGGACCUGAUUGAGCAUAUGGCGUUGGUGGCAGCUUCCAACUGAAAGAGUAUCAUCGGUAGAGGCAAUUAAGCACACCGUGUUCGUCUGAAUGGCAACAUGUUUUGAAUUCUUAUUUUCUUUUUCUUGUUUCUUGCCAUUUUAGGGAUGGUGUAGAAUCUUGUUUUGAGGUUUGAAGAUAUGGCAGUCAAUUUGCCAGUAGAAAACUUAGGAAAUAAAAGGAUAUAUGGUUGGGAUCAGAUGAAUGGAUUAUUUUAGGCAUAUAUGAUGUGCUUUUCAUGUUUAUUUUUAUUCACUUCCAUCCCUUUGCUUUGGUAAAACAAGAUUUGUCCCCAUGGGAACUUAAAUGAUAUGGGGAUUUACAUUUAGGGUUUGUU